AUGAACGUUUCGGCGACGGUCAACGUUUUGAGGUUAUUUGCAAAUCCCUCACUGUGUCUUCCACAUCACACAAUCGCAACAUUCGACCAGCUGCCCGUCCCACUCUCAGCAGCCUUUACAACCAAGCAUGGCGACAAGAAGCCAGAUAUCAGAGCGGUAGUCCUCGACAAAGAUAAUUGCUUUUCCAUCCCCAAAAAGAAUGAAGUUUACGGACCCUAUCAAUCCAAAUUCGAUGAAUUACGCAAAGCAUACCCAGGAUCACGACUCUUGAUCGUCUCGAAUUCGUCAGGAACCUCAUCAGAUAAAGGCCAUGUGGAAGCAGAUAUACUGGAACGUAAUACUGGAGUCAAAGUCCUUCGCCACGAUACGAAGAAACCGGGUUGUCAUGCUGAAAUCAUGGAGCAUUUUCGCAGCUUGGGGACGGGCGUGACAUCGGAGUCGCAAGUUGCAAUUGUAGGCGACAGGCUGUUUACUGACAUGCUCAUGGCGAAUAUGAUGGGCUCCUACGGACUCUGGAUUCAGAAGGGUGCCGUUGUGGAUAAUGGCAUUCUCACUCGGGUUGAAAGGACUGUCUCGGGAUUCCUCCUUCGAAGAGGAUAUGCUCCUCCUUCGCCGCGAAGUGACUUCGAAUGA